AUGGUGUUUGUGCAGCUAGUGUAUUCUUAAAUGAGCAGUUCAGGUGGCUAGAUUUGGUGAAUUAUAUAAUGUGAAAUUAAUGAAAAACCUUUACUGCUAAAACACAGUAUGUCUGAAAUGAAGUCCCUUAAAAUGAAAAGGGAUGAUGGAUAUCUUAGAAAGGGGAAAAGGGGACUUCAUUUCUCCUUCAUUAAUGGGAAUCCCUUAAAAUGAAGUGUGAAUCUUUGUGGUAUGAUUUGCAGAGCUCUCAGGUUCUUUAAAUGCACCUCUUGAACUAAAGAAGUCAUAGGUAUGUAAGUAAAACAGAUUUCUAAAAGUCGUUGGAAAAUUCAGAAUGUACAUACUAAAGCUAGUGGUAAGGUUUUGAAUCAUGCUGUGACCUGUUUGAGAUGACUUUAGAGAGAUAUAUAUAUAUAUCCAUUAAAAAAUAUAUAUUUUAAAAUAAAGGAGUGACAGCUAUGGAGUGGACAGAAACUAUUCUUUCCCGAAGUAACUGCUUAAUAUUCAUGAGUCACUUAAGGAGCAUGGCUCUUAAUAUUUCACCUCACAGCUUGGAGAAAAAUCUGCUUUUUUUAACUGUUCCUUGUUUCCCUUCUGUGGUUUGGCUGUUUUACCAACCCUUCACUUGCUCAGUGCAGUGGGUUCAACCUUCACCUCAUGAUAGAAAGUAGUAGUGAGCCAUUACAUUCAAAAAAAUAGAAAUUGUCCUGCUGAUGGUAAGGAGGAGGAAGUGCUGUUCUGUACUUUGAUUUUCAUGUACAGGCAUGUAGGAAAGGCUGGUCAAAUUCUGGCCUUGAGUAACUUGGUUAAAACUUCUUAAAUACCUAAACAGAAUAAUUUUCAUUACAGACAGGGUUUUAAGUCUGAUCUGUUGCCACACAUUCCUGUGUGGUAACUGUAGCAUGUGGGGUUUUUUGUCAUGCUCUCUGCCUUUAGUUUCCUGAAACUUUAAGUUUGAGCAAGGAAAUUGAAUCUGUCCCCCCGAGUAGAAGUCUUAAACACAGAUUCCAGUAAUGAAUGUCAGUGGUACAAUUUGUUUGUCACUGUUGUGGAGAGGUAUGGCAGUCCUCCAGAUUUCUGUAUCUGCCAGGCUGGAUCGGAAUGCUAUUUCACGUUUGCCAUAAAGUUCCCUUAAUAGCUUUUAAAUGAUUAUCAUUGUGUGUGGUGGAAAGUUGACUAAUACUCACAAGUGAACUACUGUAGAAUCUUAAUUUCCAUGAGAAAUGCUUUUAUGUUAUUUAGCAGUAAAUAAAUGGAAUUGAACAAUCUGAAGAAAUACCUCUGCAUAAGUAAACAAAAAUGUUUUGUCUCUCUUUUAGGAAGUUUCAUGAUACUGCAUAGCUUUGGAAAGGUUUUGAAAGGAGAUGAAAGGGGUUUUUAGUUGGUUCUUUCUGUUUUCUCCUUUUAUCCUUUGUCCAAGAAGAUUUCUCUUAGCCCGAGGGAAUCUCUUAAGUUAUGCUAGAACAUUUUUCUGUCCUUUAGCAUAAAAAAGCAUAAAGUGAGAAUUUCCUAGUGAGCUCUACUUAUACAACCAGAAGUAAAGUUUGAAAAAAAAAAACCAAAAACAAACACCUGAACCACUGGAGUGCUCAAGAAUCAGAAAAAACGGGUACAGCAGUAGUGUAGUAGCAUGUUGGAAGGUGUCUUGUUCCUGUCCUUCAGGAGGAGAGAGUGUAGUCAUGAAGGCAGACAUAGCUCAAAUCUUAGUACUUGUUAAGGAAAAAAAAAAAAGUGCUCCAAACCACACAAUUCCUGAAGGAGGCAACAUAAGCAGGUCAUAAUUCCUUUAAGUACAGUAUUACUCUGUCCCCGUGUAGAGUGUGUAACUGGCUAUGUUGAACAAUGAUGGUAAAAUGCUAAUGACCUGUAACAAUGUGAAUGUGCCCUUGCAAGGACACACAGCUUUGAAGAGUUCGGGAACACCAAGAGGCAAUUCAGACAUACUGUAUUCACGAUUCAGUUUCUUGAGAAUAUUUUGACUAGGAUGGCUUCAGAGUGUUCCAGUACCACAUACUUGAUUCAAAUCAGAUGGUUUUGUAAGCAUGGAAAGUGUUGAAACAUAGUUGCCUGGGGUUGUUUUUUGAGGUAGUAGGUGUUCGUUUGUUUGUUUGUUUUCCCCUAGUGUUUGAGUUGUUGCUAAAGCUUCUCCCAUAAGGAAUUUACAGAAUACAAACUUAUAGAACAUCUGUUAAAAGGAGUGCUCAGACAUGUGAAAGACUUCCUUCCCAUUUACUUGUCUGUUUUCAUGUCUGUAUAUAGCAAUUUCAUGCUUUUAAACAGUGACUUUUUUAAAAAAUCACAUCUGUACCAAGUAUGGUUGAAAUAAUGUUAUGGAGGGCCGAGCAGAUUGCACGUUCACCAUUUUAAUGUAGCAGUAUUAUUUCUUAAAGCUGUGGUCUGAAAAUACCUUAAAAGGUAUCACUUCAUGUAAGCCACAGAUAGACAGGAAUAUUAGAGUGGGACAAGGCAAGAUGUAGUGCAGUACAAGGAAAUAGUCAGUCUUAAGUGCAUUCUCAGAAUUUCAUAUGGCUUGAAACACGUGUUCCACUUCCUUUCCCCAAGAAGGUGUUGAGGUAUUUAGCCUUUCCUGUCCUCUUUCCCUGGGUCAAAGUUCAAGAUUGUUAGGCCCUGUAGAACUGUGUCUGGGAAGGAGCAUGGUUGCUCUUUAAUGCUUCAGUUAGGCAACAGGAAGAGAGAAGGUAAUUGAACUAAAGGCAGUGUUGACACAUGACCAAAUAUAAAUUAUUAAUCCAUGUGCAAAGGUAGAUAAGAUUUCUGUUCAUCUAGGACAACCUGUAGUAGGAUCACUGGAAGGGGGAAAAAAACAUGAUCAGCAUGUAUCAUCCUCCCUGCCCCAUCUCAGUGGUGUAAAACCUGAUCACAAAAGGAGAAGGACAUGGAGUAGCCUAAACAAUAUAAGCAGCAAUGAUUAGUGCAAGCAAACUGUGUGUCUGUUUUGAAUGAGACUCUUCUGUGAAAGGAAGAGAGUUUGCAGAUCUAAGUAAUUGCGCUGUCUGCUGUUUUCUCUGCUCCUGACUCCCACUCUUUCUGCAGUGUCCCAAGUAGGUUUUAUGUAGUACUGCACGAGCUAAUAGGGACCCAGCCUACUUCUGGGAGCAAAGGAACAGCAAAUGUCUUCUGUCAUUGCGUGGUGAAGAAUGGAUUUCUUGCCCUGUCCUGUUCACAUUGCACAAGUCCUUCACCAGUUCAGAAUAUUGUGGAUGAUGCUAAGCCUAAGGAAAGAGGUAAUGAAAUUCCAUCAGCUCCUGAAAGCCAGGAGAAAUUCAAAGAGCAGAGGAAAGCAACAGGUAAUGCAAAGAAAGACGAAGAUGAAAAGACAUUAAAGAUUGAGAAACGAGUUAAACAACCCGAUAAAGAGGGAAAAUUUAUAGUCAUCUCUGAAAAAGGCAAGAUCUCAGAAAAGAAUGUAUCUAAGAAUGGAAAAGAAGAUAAAGAGAAUAUAUCAGAGAAUGAUAUGGAAUAUUCAGUAGAGACACAAGUUGAGAAGAAGCCUGAGAAUGACAAGGUAAAGAGUCCAGAGGAAAAUGCGAAGGAAACUAAGCGAAAGCGUGGCAGACCACCAAUAACACCUCCCACAGAGCCAAGUUCUCAGACACUGCAGCCCAUAACUUUGGAGUUAAGACGUCGGAAAAUACCUAAAGGAUGUGAUGUUCCAUUGAAGCGUCCCAGGAUUGAAAAAACAUUGUCUCAGGAAAAACUUAAGAACUCUUCAGAUAAUGCUGAGAGAGACCAGAUCAGGAGGCGAUCUUCAAGACUCUCAUCCAGUAUUAGCCAUGAGAUUUUAAAUACAGAUCUUGUCACAACUUCCACGGAAAUUCAGACUUGGAAAGAUGCAGUACCUAACCAGAAUGAAUCUGAGAAGGUCCAUUUAGAAAUUCCUGUUGAAUCUGACCAAAGUUUUGGUGAACUAGGAUCACCUGGAAACACAUUGCAUAGCACAGCACUCAGUACAGGUGCCAGUUUGCAGGAAGAAAAAGCUGAAGACACUGAGUCUUCCUCUGUUCCUGUCAGAACUCAAGAACCUUCUGCUGCUACAGGUUCAGUAACAAAACCUUGUAGGAGAACAGAUUUUCUUGCAUCAAAAAAAGCUGCAACUGUUGACCAAGAUCACAAGUUUAGAUGCAAGUUCUUGGACUGUUCAAAAUCCUUCCGCAAAGCCAAGUUAUUGCAUUAUCACAUGAAAUACUUUCAUGGAGUGGAGAAGGCUGCAGAAUCACAGCAGAACCCUGUAAAAAGAAAUAUUCAAACCAGAGCUUCUUUGGCUUCUGAAAAAGCUAAUCAAGAAAGGUCAAAAAGAGGACGGACCACAACUGGUUCACUGUAUGCUCCUCUACACAUAACCCUCAGGAGUACCCCAUAUAGAGAUGAAAAAGUAGAAAAGAGAAGAACUUCAACUCCUGUAAGUGCACUAAAUAGUCACCAACAUUCUAUUAGAGACCAAACAAGGAACCACAUAGCAAGAGCACUGCGGAGGCCUCGGGAAAGAGAAAGAGUUCAACAUGCUGUUAAAGGACAUGAGAAGAACAAAGAAAAAAAAUCCAAAGACUAUGAAAGAUCCAAGUCAAAGAAAAAGAAAAAAAAGAAAAAGAGAUCUAAGCCUGGGUAUUCGGGCACUGGGGAGGACACAGAUAUCUCACAAGAGCUUUCACCUGAAAAAUCAGUUGUCACAAAAUCUAAUUCUUCAAAUAAAUCAUUUGCUCACCCAAGUACCCUGCUUCAAUGCACUGAUUCCGGACAGCACAAGGGAAAAUCAAAAGCAAAUGGAUUUUAUGUAAAUACUUCUUGUACAGAGGAUGACACCCUGAGUGAGUCAUCUAUGGAUAGCUUGCCUUGGAGUGAUGAUGACUGCAGUCAGGAUGUUGAUGUAACCACCAACCCUGAUGAAGAAGUUGAAGAAAGUGAUUUUGAGAUUGUUCGGUGUGUUUGUGAAGUAAAAGAAGAAAAUGACUUCAUGAUUCAGUGUGAAGAGUGUCUGUGCUGGCAGCAUGGCAUCUGUAUGGGCUUACUGGAAGAUAAUAUACCUGAGAAAUAUACCUGCUAUAUUUGCCAAGAUCCUCCAGGUCAGAGGUCCAGCUUAAAGUACUGGUAUGAAAAGGAGUGGUUAAGUAAUGGUCACAUGCAUGGCUUAGCAUUUUUGGAAGAAAAUUACUCCCACCAGAACGCCAAGAAGAUAGUGGCCACUCACCAGCUGCUUGGUGAUGUACAGCGAGUGAUCGAAGUCCUGCACGGGCUGCAGCUGAAGAUGAGCAUAUUACAAAAUAAAGAACACCCUGAUUUAAAGCUUUGGUGUCAUCCAUGGAAGCACAUCACAGUGGAUGAAAAAAUCCAUACAAAACACAUCAUUCACUUUGAGGAAAGCUGUUGCAAAGAGGAGACAGCAAGUUACAGAACUUGGAAUGGGACAGUUGAGAAACCCUCAACAGUUGCUUCUGUGGAGGAAUCUUACAUUACGAGUGAACACUGUUACCAGAAGCCUCGGGCCUACUACCCUGCCAUAGAGCAGAGGCUGGUUGUGGAAACAAGAGGUUCAGCCAUGGAUGAUGGAGUAAACAGAAUAAGGGAAAAUGGGGAUGAUACCUUCUCAGAGAGGUUUGGCUGGAAUCUGGACCAAGAAAUAUGCAAGAUGGAAAAUGAAUCUAAACACAAUUACUCUAAGGUGAGGGAGUCUGUCUCUAAGAAAGUCUCUCCAGAGGAAGCUAUUGAAAUUAAAUUGCUGGAAAAAGACAAAGAAGGAGUAAUGAACUCACAGCUGCAGUGGCAGCUCAAUCUUUUAGCUCACGUGGAAUCUCUACAAGAUGAAGUCAUACACAGAAUGGAUUUCAUUGAGAAGGAGCUAGAUGUUCUGGAGAGUUGGCUGGAUUACACAGGAGAGCUGCAACCCCCAGAACCACUGGCUCGACUCCCCCAGCUCAAACAUUGCAUAAAGCAGCUGAUAACAGACUUGGGCAAAGUGCAGCAGAUCGCGCUGUGCUGCUCCACGUGAGGCUGGAGAGCUCUGGGCUGUGACUGCAUGCAAAGCUGGAGUGUCUGAUGGCAGCACAUCUGAAUCUGUAAAUUAAACUAGCAUGCUGGUUGCAUGGGAUGCAGAUUGACUUCAGGGACUUGUGAAGAAGUGUUGUUCAAAGAAGAGCAAAAAGGUUAUUUCAGGUCUAUCAGACAAUUAUAAUGCUGUGGAAAAGGUCAUACUCUUGUCUCCAGAGGGUGCCUGUGGGUUGAUAAGUUAGACUAAAAUUUUCACUCCCUACAAGUUGCUCAUCAAAAUGGUAGACUUUUGCAUCAGUAAAUUGACUAAAAAUUGUGCCACUGAAGAACAGAGUUCUAAGAGCCAAAAAAGUUUGGUUGACAGGGGUUGUAAAUAACUUUGUGUAGUUUAAGUGACUCAUGUCAUGUUUUAUUUCUUCUGGUUUAUGCAUACUAGCACUCAGUAUUUAAUCAUUAGGAGAUGUUAUAACAGUUUCAGACUUAGUAAGUAUGAAUGUCCAGCUCUUGACUAUAAGUGUUAUGUGGAGGUUUUCAAGUAACAGUGGCCUGACCCACACCUCUGUUACAGUAAAUAAUGUAGCAGGAGGUCACAGGUGGAUUGCACUUAUUUUCAGAAUAAAUGAUUGUUUUCCAUAUUUGUCCUCUCACUGUCACAUGACUUGGUACUGCAGAAGCCCAUGAAAGUUGUGUUUAUAUGUAUUCUUGAGCUCUUAAAUCCGGCCGUCCUGUGCCUCCUGCAGCACUUGCUGGGGGGAUACCCUCGUUGCAGUAGUAUGGAAUGCCACCAGGAAAGGACUGGAGCCACGCUCUUGAGUUCAGACUGCAGCAUGGUCUGUCAUAGAUGUGAUAUAUUUUCUACCCAUUUGUUAAUAAUUGCCAUUCCGGUUAUAUUUGGAAAUCUAGAUUUUUUUUUUUUUCAAUACUCUGGAUGUGUUCAUUGUAAAGACUUGCUAUGAAUAUGUGGUUUUGGGAAUCAGUUCUUGUGUAAAUAAAGCCUCAAGAUCUAUGCAUGAGGUGCUGUCCUUGCAGACAGUGAGUGGGUUAUUAUCUAAAAUACUCUGUGUUCACAAAAUCCCUUUUUAUACCUUAAGUUUUAAUUUUCAGUUUAUAUUUACUUUGUGAUGUAGGUGACAAGGCUGCUGAUGUUCUGUCAGGUUAUACAGAACCUUUGGAACGUUGUGAGCAUUUGAGAGGUUCAGAGUCUUUCAGCUGCAGAUCACCGCUCCUGAAAUAAUGGCUGUAACUUAGUUUUCCUUCACAGACGUUGCUGAGUUCAGUUCCCUAUGGAACACAGUGAGCUGGUUUUGCAGUGAGAGGGUGUCCUUAAAAAGCUGGAUUUGUUACCCUUACUUUAUUGUGUGCAGUGGUACUACCGAAGGGUAACAUUCAAACAGAGUUGUAAUGGAAAGGCCCAUACCUGUACAAAUUACUAAUUUGAAAUAUAUAUCUGUAAUGUUUUUAUUCUGCAAAGAAUAAUGAAAACUUGAAAUAUCCAGUAUUAUUGUAGGAGUUACAGACUCUACAUGGUGAAUAUUUUAUUUCCUUCAGAAAACAAAGUAAUUAGGAUGCUCUAGGUAGUAACUAAGACUUUUGUGCCAAGAUUCAGUUCAGGCAAGAAUUUUUCUCACAGUUUUAUAGUACUGUAUUGGUAUAUAGUGAAUACAAUGUACGUACAGCAGAAAAACCAACCUUCUUUUCUGUAACACAAUUGGAAUAACAUUGUUUUUUAAGGAUCACUUGGCUCUCUGAAGAUGAGACCAGUGCUUAUACCUUGGCUCAUUCCUGUCAGGUACCUGAGCUCAUGUAGCUCAGAACAGCAUCAGAGGAGCCUCCCAGGCAGCUGGUGAUUUUCAGGUGAAAUAGACCAGAAAAGUUGUUCCCUGGUUACAAUCUGUAAAGCAGGAUACGGUUGUGCUCCCAGUCUGAAGGCAUUCAAGCAUUCAGUCCCUGAGCUGGCUUCUUGCUCCAAAGGGGGAUUUCUUCUCAAGCAAUGGCUUUUGUGUGCUCAUUGUGUAUUUUCACUUGUCAGUUUAUUUUUGCUCAGGGCAGUAUUGGAGGUUUAGAAGAAAAGGCAUUUCCCAUGGGUAGAUCAAGUUGCAGACCCUGGACACUUGCAUCCCUUCAGUAGUGCUGGCGAAGCCCUUGCAGAUAAAGACUGAAAAUAUUUAUUUAAAAUAGAGUAGUACUUCUCGUAUUCAGGGAAGAUUCUUCAUUGUGCUCUGCCUGGAUUCAUUUCUGUCCCUUUUUUUGCAAGUUUCCUCAUUGUUAUUUUUAGUCUGGACUAGCUGUUCAGACUGACAGGUCACUUUUUUGUUUCUUUAAAUCACUGGUAAGUGAAUGCAACGUGGAGCCUUGAUGAACUGAGCAAACAUUGCACUGUGGGUACACACGUGUUUGUUGAUGCACUAUUAGAACCAAGGGGCUGUACAUAGAAUUUUGUUUUGGAGCAAUAUUUGCAAAACUUGAAAACUUCUGUAUCUUGGUGUUUGGAAUAAAUAAAAAAUAGGUUUUUGUUGUUUAAA